AUGGCCGCAGGGGGACCGGCCGCAGGGGGCAGGUACCGGACGGACUGCGUGGAGCGGCCGCUGUCCCGCUCGCUGCGGCGCCUGGGGGGCCAGGUGGGCGCCCAGCCGUGGCCCUUCCUGCUGUUUCCCGUGGCGGUCUCGGCCGCCCUGGGCGUCGGCUUCGUGCACUUGCCCAACCGCCAGUCCAACGACAUCGUGGCGCAGUUCACGCCCCGCUGGAGCCCCGCCAAGGCCGACCGACGCCUGGUCCAGGAGCGCUUCCCGUCGAGAGACUCGCAGCGCUUCUCGGCGCAGAGGCUGACCACGGAGGGCGCCUUCGCCUCCUUCGUGGCCGUCGUGAAGGAGCCCAACCAGACGCUCCUCACCCCCGCCGCCUUCGCCGAGCUGCUGGCGCUAGACAGGGCUAUGUGGCGGCUCAACGCCAGCGGGCCCACCUACCUCGAGGUCUGCGCCCGCAGCCGCAACUCCUGCGCCAGCCCCAACCCGCUGCUCGGCGCCGUCGGGGACAACCCUGCGUACAUCGAGACGCUGCUGCCCGGCCUCACGUUCCCGCUCUGGCGAAGGCAGGUCUUCCUGGGCGCCUCCUUGGGGGGCGUCGCGGUGGAUGCUCAACCGCCUAGUGAAAAGAGCCGCCCCGUCCUGGCCGCCAAAGCGAUGCGCCUCUUCUACUACUUGCAAGAGGACGAUGCUGCGCAGCGCGAGGCCAGCGUGAAGUGGCUGAAGGCCUUCCUGGUGCAGAUCCCGGACGUGCUGGCCUCCUUGAACCUCACCUCGGUACAGGUAGCCUAUCUUACCUCCAUAUCUCAACAGGAAGAGUUUGAAAAAAGUGGCAAGGCAGCGAUCCCUCUGUUUUCCAUCACAUAUUUUUUAACAAUAUUCUUUUCAGUUAUAUCAUGUGCAAGGCUCGACUGUGUACAAACAAAAGUGUGGGUUGGAGUGUUUGGAGUGUUGUCAUCAGGCUUGGCUGUUCUCAGCAGCUUUGGAUUGUUGAUGUCCUGUGAAGUACCUUUUCCCAUUACAGUCGCAAAUGCACUAUUUCUUAUACUUGGUGUUGCUAUUGUAGACAUGUCCAUCAUGGUGUCCUGCUGGCAAAAGACUAAGGUCAAGGAUGAAGUCAAGGAUCGGAUGGCUGACACCUAUGCAGAGGCAGCGGUAUCUGUUACCAUCACAACUCUUACUGGCAUUUUAGCUUUCUACGUUGCCUCUGCAACAUCCUUCCCAUCGAUUCAGUUAUUUUGCAUAUACACAGGAACAGCCUUCAUCUUCUGCUACAUAUACAACUUGACGUUCUUGGGGGCAAUUCUUACUCUAAAUGGUAGAAGGGAAGAAAGCAACAGACACUGGCUCACAUGCAUGAAAGUGUCAACAGAAACCCAAGAGUCUCGUGGGUCUGCUUACAACAUGUGCUGUGUGGGAGGAUCUUAUAAUGAGUCCACUGGGGCAGAGUUUGAGCACCCUAUGAAUGGAUUCUUUAGAAAGCAUUUUGGUCCUUUCCUUAUGCACCCUUGCACCAAAGUGUUUGUGGUAGUCCUGUAUCUUGGAUACUUAGGUAGUAGUAUUUACGGGUGCACUCGGGUUAAGGAAGGUAUAGAUCUUCGACAUCUGGUAAAUGAUCAUUCUCAUGUCAUUAAGUAUUACAACUGGACAGAUAACUAUUUUAAAGAUUAUGGCCCAAAGGUUAUGGUCAUUGUUACUGAAAGCCUGCCAUAUUGGAAUUCAUCUGUUCGUUCAGAUCUUGAGAACUGCAUGCAAUUUAUAGAAAACUCAACUUAUGUUAAUGAAUAUUUGUCAGAGUCCUGGUUGAGAACGCAUAUAACAAUUGCUAAAACAAUGUAUCUAGCUAUAGAUGAUCCUGUUUCUUUCAUUCAGAAUUUUGUAACCCUGUUUCAAAUGAAUCCAGAAUUUGAGUUGGAUAUUAAUUUUACUGACCAGGCCGUACUAGCUUCCCGCUUUUUCAUACAGACCGUCAAUGUCCUUACUGCAGUUGAUGAGCGAAUGCUUUUAGAACAACUGAGAGGCCGUGCAGCAGGCUGCAAGAUACCACUAAGGGUAUAUCAUCCAGCUUUUAUAUACUUUGAUCAGUACCUUGUUAUUGCUCAGAAUACCAUUCAGAAUGCUGUAAUUGGUAGUGGAGCCAUGUUACUUAUUUCCUUGCUGCUCAUUCCAAAUCCUUUGUGCUUGUUGUGGGUACCGUUUGCUAUUGGAUCUAUUAUUGUCGGGGUGACUGGCUUCAUGGCUUUUUGGGGUGUAAAUCUUGACUCCAUAUCCAUGAUCAACCUUAUUAUUUGCAUAGGGUUUUCAGUGGUCUUCUCUGCUCAUAUUUCUUAUGCAUUUGUUUCCAGUGAGAAGCCCGGUAUGAAUGACAGGGCAGUGGAUGCUCUGUACCACCUUGGGUACCCUGUUGUCCAGGGAGCUGUUUCCACCAUUUUGGGAGUAUUGGUGCUCUCCAUGGCGUCCGCUUACAUUUUCAGAACCUUUUUUAAGAUUAUGUUCUUGGUCAUUUUGUUUGGAGCUCUUCAUGGUCUCAUUUUUAUUCCUGUGUUUCUAACAUUCUUUGGCCUUUUGGGAAGACUUUAAAGAUAGCAGCAGAUUGAUGAGUAGCACUAUAAAAAUUCUGGUAGUAUUGGGGGAGAUGUGAUGUUUCCUUCUGUACACAACUUUGCUUAAAAAAGAUUGAGGUAGGUUUAACAGACAUUGGUGUUCAGUACAUAGCAAGAUACAUUAGAAAGCUGAUGUUUUUGCAUUUGGUGGGAAUGAGUUCUAUUUUCACAGAAAAUAGAUGCAUAAAAGGGAAAUUCUUAUUUAGAGGAAGACUGUAUUCUGGAUAAGUUAUUUAGAAAUAAUUGCAAUUGGUGGGUCCAAACCACAGCAAAACACUUUUCAAAGGGUUAAUUUAGCUAGGCAGCUAUC